AUGCCCAUGAACGCUACACAUUCCCCAACGACGAUGAAUAUGAACCAUGGAAUGGUACAUAUGAUGAUGAUGAAGGUAAGCAUACGUUUAUUAAUGUUGUUUCUCGUGCAGCGGAGAAGACUGGUAGGAUUUGACAGUGAAACGCAGAUUUUUGUAUUGUUGAAAAGGCAAGCGACCAUCGCUUACACAACUUGUUGACAAAUGUGUUGUUCAGUUGUUAAUAUCCAUGGUAUGACUCGGCAAAUUCGCUCAAUCGAAGCUGACUUCCAGACUAAAUAAAAACAGCACAGUCCCCUUCGUGGGAAGAAAAGUAACCACUCCAUCGUAGCUCUUACUUUCAAUCGAUUGUUAAAACACAAAUAACGUUAAAAAGCUAGCGCCACGCUGCAAGGACUUUAUAUAAGCUUAGGAAGCCGGGUUGUGUUUACAAAGUUUCCGACUCUUGAAAUAGGUAGCCGGCCUUAAAAAGUCAAUGCAUUUAAUACUUUUUAAAACGUAAGAUAGCUGUAGGGUUUUCUUAUGAGUGAAAAUACUACAAGUAAGGAACGUUUUACAUACGGUAUUAAACGCCUAUAAAAUUUUUACAAGUGCAUCGAUCAUGUGAAGAGAUCGUGUCUCAGGCUGGUGUCGUGUUAAGCUGCUCUUUCGCGAUUCGUGUUUUGAAUUGAUGUAACAAAAUACGAAAGGCAUUUUCAAGCGAUUUCAAAUUUAGAUCUAUUACGUGUGUUGACGAGAUAUUGUAUUCACCAUGACAUUCUUUUGUUCAUAACUUUGUUUUGCUUUGUGUGUUCUUUGAGCCUCAAUUUUUUUUCGCAUGGAACCUGUCCAGCUGCGUAUUUUUUUGACGCACUUUGAGCCAUUUGCUGACAUUUUUCUGUUUCUGUGUAAAAUACACUGCUGUGUUUAAAGUGCACAAAUAGAAACAACAAACUCACUCCCUCUGUUGUUUAAAUGGUGUUAUAUGGCCAAAAAGCCCUCUCUCCCAGCCCCCAACUUACUGACGUGAUUGAAUAUUGUAAGUAUUGUAAGUGAUUAGUCCAAUAUCACACUCCUUUACUGUGCAAAUUAACCUCAAUUGUUAAGAAUACAUGAAUUGUGAAAGGAAUCGAAAUAAAACGAAAAUUUUCUUUGCAAAAGCCCUGUUUGCAUUUAUUGCCAAAAAAAAUAGAGUUUGGCAUUUGCAAAGAAAUUGAAAAUUCUGUACCUACAAAUUUUUUGUUUUUGUAACCUUGUUCGCACCUAAGACAUGCAACAGUUUUUGUGUGACUAAAAAUGUCACAUAUCAAAGGAACUAUAGUUGGUCAUGUUCACCAAAUAACAUGACCCAACAAAGUAUACCAUUAAGGAACAAAGACUUUUGUUGCCUCACAAAAAAUAGUAGGCCUCCAAAUCUUCUUGACAGUAUCUUUGAAUUUUGGUGACACUUGAGAGAAUUUAGGUAGCUUCUUGAUGACAGAUUGUUUUGCAAAACAAAUAAAUUUUUUUAAAAUGCAAACAGGGCAAAAGAGAAGUCACCCCCUUCUCCCCCACCAAAAAAGAAAUAAAAUACCAUUUAUAAUAAGUGAGAAACUAUACAAAUAAAAAAAUUUUUACUGGUCUGUGUACAUGUAAGAGCUGAAGUUGGCGAAAACUAACUGUGUCCAAAUUCAUGACUCUCCCUUUGUACCUGGCUGCAAGCCACUUUUUCGAAUGUUUUCUAAUUGUAGCAUUGCAACUAGCUUUGGUCCAACAGUCUGUCAUUUUUUGAUGAAUUGCAAUUCACUUCUGAAAUUAAUUUAUUAUAAGAUUCUUGGGAGGGUUCCAGACCUACCGGUACAUCUAAAUCAUCAGUUAUUCAUGAAACAGUGUUUAUAAACUUAUUCAUUAUUUAUGAAGUGACAUUUACAAAGCAACAUACAUUUACCUUUAAGCCUGAUAUAUAUUUAAGGGUCUUAAACUCUUUCUUGGUAAACUGCUGCUUAAGAGCUGUCAGUACAUAUACUCUUUCUAUAAGUAACAAAUUGCUGUAUGUACCCUGUAAAAAGUGCCAACUAUAAGUUGAUCUGACCUAAAUUUAUUAUCAUUGAACCAAUGAGCUGGUAUGCAUAAUAAUGCUAAUGAUACUUUUUUAGUAAAAUAUUUAUGUUGAAAUUUGCAGGUAACUAAUUAAAUUACCUGCCAGUGAAUGGCUUUAUAACGGCAAGUAAUGUAGUCAAAAGUCGUCACAUAUGUAUAUGUAACGUUGUUGGUAGUUAAGAGUGUUAUCUUAAAAUUUUUUGGGCAGUGUGCAUAUCUGAGCAUAAAGUUAUUACCUGAAAAUCAUACAUUCCUUUAUCACCAUGCUAAUGGCUAAGGUACAUUAAUCUUAUUGCCUUUUUGUGAAGAGAGUACACACUUAAAGCAAUUGUUUUUUCUGCCGUACCUAUUGUAAAUGUAGCAGAAAUAUUUUGGUAUUUUUUUUACCUUUUUGGAGGACAUCAUUGACAAAAACACGGCUGCUCUCUUUCCUUUUUUUGAUAGUUUCUCUUGCACUUUUUCUAUCAGUAAUUUAUUAAAUUUGAUAUUGCAGUAUCUUAAUCAAGUACAGAUAUAAAAAUCACAGGAAGAAAUACCAUGGUUCACCGAUGCAUCAAUGCAUCAAAACAGCCCUAUUCCCUUUUCUUUUGAAAAUUAUACGUGUACCAACAAGUGUUGGUUCCGGUGUUCAUUUGUGCAACUGUUACUUGAAAAAUAAACACGGCCUGUUGAACUCAGCUAUUUCCAUUUUCUUUCUUUUCAGAUGUAUUUCCAUGCUAGUAAGGAGGCAACCAUUUUGUUUGAAGAUUGGAAAGUGGACACUGUAGGAGGUAACAUCCGUUAAACACAUUAGGAAUAGCUGAUAUAAAUGUAUAAGCAUUGCUGGUGGCAACGUCAAUAAAAAAUAAUGUUAUAAAUGAUUGUUCUUUAAAUUAUUUUCUUCUUUACAUUUCAUUUCUUCCAACUUGUACAAUGUUGCGAUGAAUUUGUAGGAGUUAUUUUCAAGAUACAGUUUUCAUUGUUGCUAAUUCACAUCUUCAGAAAACUACAGUUUUACAGUCAGACAGUGUUUCCUUUUCCAGAGGAUUGUUGAGAAAUGGAGAGAAAAUAAUAUACAUGCUGUAUAUAAUGCUUGUCCAGAGAAAUUAAUUGUUGAUGUUGUGUGGUUCUCCUCUCAAUGACUGAAAUAUAAAGGACAUUGGUGUUUUGAAAGUAAAAUGUGAAGGAUUUUAAUCUUGUAGUAAAAUUAAGGUAAUAGUGACAGGAAAUUAUUACCAUGUCAAAUUAAAUGACCUUUUGAACAACACUGGGUCCAGUUUAAUUGUAACAACAAAAUAAUCUUAAUUUAAUAUCGUUUAUGUAUAGCUCGAGAAAGGAAAGAACACCGAGGCAGAAUCAAAACCUUUAUUGUCUUCUCCAAAAACUAUUCUUAUCCGAAAUGAAAUAUGAUUUUGCGCUGUACAUGUUGCUGAGUAUUGAAUAGGUUUGCUCCAUAUGUUGAACACUUUUGAGUUAACUGGAUUAUUUUAUUAUUAUUUAAAACAGGUAUUGUUGCCUCCUGCCUUGGGAUCUUUAUUCUAGCUGCCCUCUACGAAGGUCUUAAAGUGUUUAGGGAGGUUAUGAAAAGAAGAUACAGCUAUCUUGUGAGUGUGGAUUUGUCUGAAACAAAGACUUAUGGUAUAGGACCAUCCCAGACUACUGUUGUCACAGAAUCAAGAGGGCAGUCUCCAAGGUAAAUUAUUCUAGAGUUAGAUUAAUUCACUCUACAACAUGUCAGAAAGUCAUCAUAAGAGCACAAAACAUGUACAGUACAGCAGUCCGGAAUAUCCCUAAAUUUAAGGACAGGGCCAGCUGGUCACACGACACUUUUCAACCAAUGAGAAGGCGCGCUUGUGUUUAUCGACAAACAAAUCAAAACAUCACCCCAGUGCUCAAAAAUUUUCAAAACAACGGACGGAGUCGACGGACAGAGUUACCGUACCAUACCGUACCGUACUCGUCUAGGUUUCACAUUUAAUAUUUCAAAGAAAACAUUUCAUGUAAGAGAAUCAGAGCAUUAUUCAUUGCAAGGAAUCAUUGGGGUGUUCGAACUGUUUCCGGACCGAUCGCAGUGGUCGUGGCUUCACUGGCAUGGCUUGCAAGAUUUUUGAUAGAAACAAAGUGGUCCCGUGUAAAAAUAACCUUAUAGAGAGUGUGAAAAUUUGUUGAGAUCAUACAAAACAGGAUCGGUACUACCUAUUAGCUUCUACAGGACAAGAAUCAAAGAACCAGUCGUCAUAACAAGAGUAAAAAGUAGUUCAAAUUUAUUAAUUUUUCUUGUUUGUUUUUUGGUGUUGUUUCGUGUUGACUUCACGCAUCUGGUGCUUUCCUUGCUUGCUGUAGUACCUGCAAUGUUUUAAUUUGAUCCCAGAUUCAGUGCAUGUUCAAUGACUAGCAAAUUACAUCAUUUACACUUGAAAUUUGCCUUCUUUCUUUGAUUGUUUUUUAACGGUGGAUGAACAUUUGGAGAAUCCAGCCACAUUAAAUCUUUCCAGAUUUGGUGAAUUUCAGAAACAAAGCCGUUAGUAUCUACCUUGCGCUUAUGAUCUUCAAUUUCGGCAAAGUGAGGCGAGAUGUUGGACGUGAAUAUCCAUAAGACUAAUAAAGUUGUUUUGGCCCUGAAAAGAAAAAAGGCAAAGGCUCGUACUAAUGCGAAAAAAAGUAAUAACACGGCUCUGUGAGAAACCCGGGAAUGGAAAACGUACGUGAUUUGGACCUCGGAAUUCAAAACUGGUCUACCAAAAUUCUAGGUUGUCUACCAUCCCCACAUUCAACAUGAUAAAAGUUAAUCGAUAUGACAAUCAAGGACAAAUAUCUAGAACUUCGUAAAAAAAAAUCUGUGAAUCGAAAAAAUAAUAGAUACUUGUUCACCUACCUUGAAAACCGACCAAAAUCUCGCCCAUACAUCGCGUUGUUUAAAAGAAGGAAUAAGCCACAAAAUGUGCUGAAUAUUUCACGAGACACUUCCAAUAUGGCUUCUGAUACGCUGUCCACUUAAAAGAAUUGUUUAUGCCUCAUGAAAAGUCUUAAAAAUAUGCCUGAGAGUCUCGAAACGACGACUGAUUUUGUCCGACUCCGUCCGCUGUUUUGAAAAUAUUUGAUCACAGCAGCGAUGUUUUGAUUUGUUUGUUGAUAAACACAAGUGCGCCUUCUCAUUGGUUGAAAAGUAUCACAUGACCAGUUGGCCCUGUCCUUAAAUUUAGGGAUAUUCCGGACUGUACAGUCAAGCUCCGUUAAUACGGAUGCUAAAAAAAGUGUCCAUAUUAACGGGGUGUCUGUAUUAAGGGGGUCAUGUUAUUAAAGUCAAAAAUACACCUUUCGUUUGAAAAAAAAUAUACUACAGAAAUAAAACAAGACACUGGCAUCCUCAAACUAAACAUUUCUAAACUUUAAAAGGCCAUUAUUGUGCAGACUAUGUCCAUGAAAACACUCAAAAGUCUCGAAAAAUUGUUCAUUUUACAUUAGUUAAUUAAAAGCCGUUCUCUGCAUAAUUCGAUUGAUAUCAAAAUAGUCUAAAAUUGACAUCCACAAUUUAUGUAGUGCUGGGAACAUUAACAUUGAUAUCAACUACAGGUUUUUUUACUCCAAAAAAGAGAGGUUUAUUGCAGCACACAGUGGACAAUAAUAAAGUGUCCACGUAAGCGAGGUUGGCUUUAUAUGAGAAUCUUCUCAUUGGACAAGAAAAAAGUCCGUUGUCUGCAUUAUUGGGUGUCCGUAUUAAGCAGGUUGAAUUUAGCGAAAAUGUAAAGGCUUUCUGUCCCUAGGGACAAAGAAAACUGUCCGUAAUAAUCAGGUGUCUGUAUUAAGUGGGUUGAAUAAAUUUAGAGACAAUGUAAAGACUUUCUGUCCCUAGGAACAAAGAAAACUGUCCAUAAUAAUCAGGUGUCUGUAUUAAGCGGGGGGCUGUAAAGUGGGGUUGACUGUAUUGGUAAUUUCCCAUUACCUCCCCAAAAAAAAGCCGAAAUAGCAAAAAGAAUUAUAAUUAAAUGAAUAAGAUUUUUAAGAUUCUGUAUGUGGAAUCUUUGCAAUUAAUUGAUGUUAGUAAAAUCCAGCUAGUGGUCUAUUAUCAAUGUUGCGUUCUGAUUGGUUGAGCUACUACUAGGCUUUAUGUUAUCGCCCACUAGUAACGAAAAGCGCCGGCUUUGAAAACCAAAACAAUGGCGGCUGAAUCGCAUUUUGCUGUAGCUAAUGUUGUUUUGUCUUGAUAUUUUUGACCAACCAGUUGGAUUUUACUAAAACAAUUAUUCCUCUCGCCCUCAUGGCCUCUGAGUCAAUAGCCUCAGACUCAGAGCCUAUUCGGGCUCGAGGAAUAAUUGUUAAUUAUUUCAAAGCGAAAGAUGCAAAAUGGAAAACAAGUUAAUGGUUUGGGAUGUGCAUUAGUCAAUUAUACACUGUAUGUGUUGUUGUUAUGACAUGUUAAUCAUUUUUCUCUGAUUUGAAUUUUCUACAAUGCAUAUAUGGAUUUUAAAUUUUGUGAGGACUUUUAUUUCCAGUCUUUAACCACACUUUGUUUUUACUGUAAUGAAAAACGCAGAAUUUAAAAGUAACAAUAAGGUAUAAGGUGUUACAGACCAAACUUUAUUCCACAACUUGGGUGAUGUUCAAAUGUUGGGUUCCGGUCUUGAAUGCCAAACCCAUCAUGUGUUGUUGUUGAACUUGUGUAUUUCAGGUCUCGAAUAUUCAACUGGCAUCAUUUCCUUCAAACCGGUCUCCAUGUUGUGCAGGUUACUGUCAGUUAUUUCCUCAUGUUGAUCUUUAUGACGUACAAUGUGUGGCUGUGUCUUGCUGUGGUCCUUGGUGCAGGCUUUGGAUAUUUUGUCUUUGGCUGGAUGAUUAAUAAAGUGGUGGAUAUUUAUGAACACUGCCACUGAUUACCAAUAGCUAAGCACACUUCUGUAGAUAGGAUUUUCUACAUACAGGGUGCCUACCUUUUGACAGAAAAUUUCGGAAAUCCCCGAUGGAAGCUAGGUAAAUGGUAUAUAAGGUCACUUUUCAGACCGAAAAUUGAGGAGCACAUUUUGAGGUAGUCCGUUCAUUCUGGUUGGUAUGAACCAAACGGAAUGUUGCUUACCAUUUACCAACUUCUCGGUCCAGACUCACGCUACACAAAUUCUCCCCUUUUUUGGAUUCAAACGGUAAUGGAUGUGAAAAUUCUGUGGUAAACUGGUAAAUCCCUUACCAUUAUGCUUUUGAAACCCAACCAGAUUUUUCUGUCAAAUGGUAAGCACCCACGUUGUAGUUGGGGAGGAGGGACAAGGUUUUUCCCAGGGGUACUCAGUCUGGGGCAUAUUUAGGGGAGUAUGUUGAAACUCUCCCCUGGAACAUUUUCCAGUUUUAGUCCUCAUAAAUUUUGUCUUUUCCAGCAUUCUGAGGAGCAAAUUAAAGUAUUUUGAUGAAGUAUUUUUGCUCUAUUUUUGUAAUUUUCACCAGGUUUUGAUAGAAGAGAAAGUUUAAGGUGUUUCUGCCUAAGGGGUCGACUAGCCACCCUUUACACUCUCCCUAGAUCUACCCCAGAAAGAAGAUUGGAAGUGGGAACCAGGUCAGAGAUCAAAACCACAUAAUAUGAAGCCCUUGAAGAUAAACCUCCAAAUGCUCUGGACGUAACUUUUAGCUUUGAGAAAUUAUCUGUUGAAAUUCCCAAAAUGCUACAGGAUGCACCACAACUCUUAAGUGCUAUGUUUGGUUUGUAUUUGUUUGUGCACUGAAAUCUAGGUCCUUGUCCUAAAACAGUAUUGGCAUAUUUUUUUGCCCUGAAAUCUUGAAUACUGGAAUCUGAGCCUUUGUUUUAACUUGCCUCCAAUUUUAAAUCUGAAGUUCAGUUUCUUCCUUUCCCCUUUGACAGCAUUUAUCCCCCCCCCCAGCCCAUGUCAUAUUCCACCAAAGGAUAUUCCCACUUCCUGCUUUCUUUCCUUACCCUCCUCUCCUGAGAAGUUUCACUCCCUGUCCCACCUCACCAUAAAUCAUAAGCAAUGCUGAUGUGGUAGGUAAAAAAAUUUUGUGUACAUGAUUUGUUUCAGAAAAUUUGAACAUUAUUUUACAUAUCAAUGUAACAAAAAGGUAAGCAACCUUCUUUCAAGGUGUAAUAAUAUGACAUGCAUAUUUAGCUAACAAAUUUUGGCUUGUAGAUUUUUACAAAAGUGAAACUUGUUUUUCAAAGUACCAGUACAUGUAUUUAAGCUUCAGUUUUUUAUGAACCUGCAGAAGCAAUUGUAAAACAAGAUUGGAACAUGAGCAGAGAAACAUUACGUCAUCAGUUUGGUUAGCCUGCGAGUAAGCUCUCCAUUUAUAGCGAGUGUCUUCUUCAGCGUGCGGCUCUCCUGUGACUUCUCGCUACUCCCUCAAAAUAAUGGUGAGCUUGCUCAAAGACUACAGUAAUUCUCUAGCUUACAAACAGCAAACACUGUUUUAUAUUGUACACUUGUUCUAUCAAGAACUUUUAUAUCCCUUAAUAAUAGAUGGCUUUUGCACUUAAUUGUUGCCAAUCACAAAAGUCCAUAUGCUUCUACAGAUUAAAUAAUUUCAACAAGCGAUCUUUUUUGCAUGUAUAAUUUGUGUCCAGAUUUUGAAGGUUUGAUACAACAAAAAAUUAUUUAUUCAAUUAGUACAAUUGCAGCAGUAGUUACAAAGUCAGUGAGCUAAUUGCAACGACAAGAAAUUGGAAGUUUUUCACUUCCCUGACAGCAUAAAAGGCGAAAGUACUUAGUAGAAAUGCGAAGUAAUAAAUUGAAAGAAAUUGAUUAUAGAAACUAGGGAAUAAGUAUCGAGUAAGUGCUAAGAAACCAAGAAAAAGUACAUGGAAAAAAAAUUAAUGAUGCUUUCUAAAGUCUAAGAUAAUUAAGCACAAGUAGCUGAGGAAUGAUCAGUUGAGAGCAGGCAAAAUAUAGUCGCUGUCAAACUCAAAAUGCAACACAUAACAAUUCUCUAGACCUAUCUUCUCAAGUUUUACAAAAGUUGGGACCCUCCUAUUUUCUUGGCUAGUAUACAUAAUAAUUCUUUUUUUAUUAAUUUGGUAUUACUUUAGCCAUAGUCCGUAAUGUGGUUUCUGUGAUUGGUGACCAGUGCAAUCACAAGCAUUCUUUUUUUUCUUUCACUCACUUUAAAUUGUUUUGUCCUUGAUUGUCUGACCAAAUUUUUGAGUUCUAGCUUAGAUAAUUUUUAGGUUAUUUUGAUUAUUGAUAAUGUAGUUUCCAGCUCUGUUAGAAACCUCAAUUAUUCGAAGUCGAGAGACCCUAAAUACUUGUAGCUGCUGCUCGGCUGAUGUGUUGAGUCAAACUGUUGACUCCUGUGCCUGGAUAAGGGUUGAUUUACUUGCUGAGUCACUCCCACUGUUUCAUUUGCACAUUAUUUCAACAAUGUCCUAACUUGAAGUUGAAGCUUAAUUGUUGGAAUAAUUUGCAAAUGAUCCAAAUAGCACGUACAGAUGUUAACAGACACUUCACAAUUGCAAAUAGUUAUCUUUAGUUCCUACAGUAUACCAAAUUCAUAUUGUCCCUACAUUGGUACAGUAUUGCUAUUAGGAUUGGCUCCCUUAUCAUUCAUAUUGAGACUUGUGGGGUCAUAUUAAUAUUCAUAUUAAUAGUGGCAAGAGCUUUACUUAUAACUCGUUCAAAAAUACUGGAUGGUUUUAAUCAAUCUUAUUAUUUCUAUUUUAGGGAAAAUAAGAUUAGUUUUUGUGCUAUUUCUUUUUCUACCAGUGGGUGUAGAGGUUGAACAUAAUAUUACUGGUAAAACAUAAUCUAUUUUUGUGGGUGAAAACUUGGAUAUUUUUUGUUUAGUUUGAUUAUUUUAUUUUAUGGUUCCUUGAGCUGUGUUGAGAAUAUAGUAAUAAUAAUAAUAAUAAUAAUAAUAAUAAUAAUAAUAAUAGUCUUUAACAUUUUAACUAUUUUUGGCUGAAUUUCCGUAAGUUUUAUCCAGAUUUAAUGGGGCUAUUUUUCUCUAGUUUUUAAAAUCGUCAUGUAUGAUCUUGUGUCAUAUUUUUUGGAAACUAUGAACUACCAGCACUACCUUUUUUCCAGGAGUGAAAAUUUUUAAAAUUGGUUAUCUGCUCGAUUUUAGCGACCGAAUGAGUAACAUGAAAGGCGAUGUUUAUUAUGUCACCAACGUUGAACAACGGAAAAUGAAUCCGCUAAGAAAUUCAAACCUAUGAUAAAGAGUCUACCUAGUUUCGAUAUCCCACACUCUUGACACAAACGAACGUACUGCCAAUUGAAAUAUUCAGCUUGAAAUUCAUCAGCCGGGAGAAAAGAAAAUUUGUUGAUUCCUUUUCACGUUGUCUAUGAAACCUUUAAUUUAAUCAUUUGACGAUGUGGCUAGCUUCCCGUCCACAAUAAGCAAUCAAAAACGAAGUUCAUUACGAUAACAUGUCUUUCUCAGGCUGUAAUGUCUGUACUCGAAGCAAUGAAUAAGUAGUUAUGACAUCAGCGUUUUCGAAAACCUAUUUUAAAAGGCCUCUCCACAGUGGAGAGACUACGAUUUUCGUUUUCGAAACAUUGUUUAUAACAAUUCUCCGUUUUUGAUCGUUUUAACGUGGAAGCAAGGCCAAAAUACAUAAAAACGUUUGCAUUUUCAAACAAACAAUCCAUGAGAGUCAGGCAUCGCUUGACGUUUAAUGUUUCUGUUAAAUCACUGUUGGUUCUUAGGAAUUGUUUGGUAAUUUUAUUCCGUGAAAGGGAAAAUUGCUGAUAGAAUUGUAACUUUAUGCAGAUAAUACAUGUUUGUAUGUUAUGAUAUUUUUGUGUAUGAAUAAAGGAUGAAUUCAUCAGUAAUACUAUUUUAAUGAUGAUGAUGAUUUAAGUGACGAUAUGCGUGUAGCUUACCGGCCAUUCUUCGAAGGGGACGAGGUUGACCACGCCCAGGACUACGUUCCCCACUCAACCGUAUAGAAUAGGCCACUUCCGAGUUCCAAAAACACCUCGCUUUCAAAAUGAGGCCAAGUUCACAACCUUUCUUGUGGAAAUGCGUUUUAUUUGCACGAGAAUGGAAAAUCACUUCCAUAUCAAAGGUUGAUCACUUAACCUUGUUGUGAUACAGAGGUUUGGGGGAACACGGAAAUGGCCCUCUAUUAUGAGAAGGGGUUGCGAAACGGGGCCUGUGCUUUAUCGUCUUUACCCAAGAAGACUAGAAAGUCUAACUGUUUUGGCAGAUAUCAUUACGAAGACAGCACUUUCUCACCACUCAAUUAUUUAACGUCCCUGAGUGUUGAUUCGGCCAGGGUUUGAACCCACGGCCUCCCGCAUAAGCUACUAGAAUGAAUAGCACGAGCACGAGGUCAAUCUCAGCCUCGUUUCCAGGGUUCUCUCCUCGUCUCUCGACGCGUAGGAAAGAGAACCUGGGGACAAGGUUGGGUCAAUCUUUCGCCAGAACCUUACUACUACCCUAAUUUAGCGGGAUAGGCUAAUUCUUGGUGUUGACCAAUAAGAUCGUAGCGUCUGGGAAUGAGAUUGGCGCGAGGUUCGACUUUCUUUUCUUGUAAGCGGAAUGUUAUGAUGCAGUACUUUAGGUGGCAUUUAUUUCAGAAUAAAAAUUUAAACCUUUCAU